AUGACUCCUGCCCUCUCAGUCCUGCUGUGCCUUGGGCUAUGUCUGUGCAAAAGGACAAGGACUCAGGCAGCAGAUGGAUUCCCCAAACCCUGCCUCAGGGCAGAGAAUGGCUCUUUGGUGCCCCAAGGGGGAGCUGUGACCCUCAGGUGCAGGGCAUCAUGGGAGGUUGAAGAGUGGCUGCUGGAGAAAAAGGGAGGAUCUGGAUGGUUACAGAUCAAAGAUGUGAGACAAGCUGGAAAUGAGGGCGAGUUUUCCCUCCCAUCCGUGACAGCAUAUGAUGCAGGGACCUACCGGUGCCGCUACAGACAUUCAUCCUAUGGGUGGUCAGAGCCCAGUGACCCCCUGAAGCUGGUGGUGACAGACCUCUCUGCCCAGCCCUCCCUGGCAGCCCUGCCCAGCUCUGAGGUGGCCUCAGGACAGGACGUGACCCUGCAGUGUGGGUCAGAGCGAUGGUAUGACUGGUGCGUCCUGUACAAGGAUGGAGAAGAGAUCAGCCGCAGCUGGACCCCGAACCAUGAAAGGGGAUGUCAGGUCGAUUUCCUUAUCUUUGCUGUGAAUCCGACCCAUGAUGGCACUUACCGAUGCUACAGCUUUCAAAGUUCUUCCCCUAAUAGAUGGUCACCCCCCAGCGCCCCCCUGGUGCUCAGGGUCUCAGGGACCUUCUCUCCAAGCCCUGAAUCUGAGAAGGGGCUCUCAGAUGCUGGUGCCCAGGAUUACACUGUGGGCAAUCUGGUCCGCCUCAUCUUGGCUGAGCUGGUCCUCGUCCUCCUGGGGGUCCUGUUGAUUAAGCACUGGAAAAGCUUCAGGCGGCAACCGGACCAGGGAGUCCUUGGCUGA